AUGUCGGCAUUGAAGAAGCGUAAGGUUGCCCACGAGGCGCCGGAAAAUUCGAGCGACGCCGACUCGUCGACACCGGAGGCUUCGCCGGGUAAUGCGGAUACCGCGAACGAGCAGCGCCAGGAAGAGGACUCGAAACCAGCGCCCAAGACGUUCAAGGAGCUAGGAAUUAUCGAUCCGUUAUGUGAAGCGUGUGAAACAAUGGGGUAUAAGGCCCCGACUCCGAUCCAAGCAGAAUCUAUUCCAUUGGCGCUACAGGAUCGCGAUCUGAUCGGCCUCGCCGAGACGGGCUCCGGCAAGACAGCAGCUUUCGCUUUGCCCAUAUUGCAAGCUCUAUUGGAUAAGCCCCAGGCAUUCUUCGGUCUCAUCCUAGCUCCCACUCGAGAGUUGGCAUAUCAGAUCUCUCAGUCCUUCGAAAACCUGGGAUCGACAAUAGCGGUCCGAUGUGCGGUCAUUGUUGGUGGAAUGGACAUGGUGCCACAAUCUAUUGCGCUUGGAAAGAAGCCUCAUAUCAUUGUCGCGACGCCUGGUCGAUUGCUGGAUCAUUUAGAGAACACCAAGGGCUUUUCGCUACGGAGCUUGAAAUACCUUGUGAUGGACGAAGCUGAUCGGCUCCUCGACUUGGAUUUCGGUCCUAUUCUCGAUAAAAUCCUCAAAGUUCUUCCUAGAGAGCGCCGGACAUACCUCUUCUCCGCGACCAUGAGCUCCAAAGUGGAAUCCCUGCAACGCGCUUCACUCUCCAACCCACUCCGUGUGCAGGUCUCGUCGAACAAGUACCAGACGGUCUCCACCUUGCUUCAGUCAUUCCUCCUCAUCCCCCAGAAACACAAGGAUAUUUAUCUCGUAUACCUACUAAAUGAGUAUGCCGGCCAAUCGGCCAUCAUUUUCACUCGCACCGUGCACGAAACGCAGCGUCUUGCUUUCCUCCUCCGCGCCCUGGGAUACGGAGCCAUCCCCUUACACGGCCAGCUUUCUCAGUCCGCCCGUCUGGGUGCUCUGGGGAAAUUCCGGUCUCGUAGUCGGGACAUCCUCGUUGCUACCGAUGUCGCGGCCCGUGGUCUGGACAUCCCCUCCGUCGACGUGGUGUUGAACUUUGACCUCCCCACUGACAGCAAAACAUACGUCCAUCGAGUCGGACGUACGGCUCGUGCAGGCAAGAGCGGUGUCGCUAUCAGCUUCGUCACGCAGUACGAUGCCGAGCUGUGGUUACGGGUCGAGGGCGCCUUGGGCAAGAAGCUUGAUACCUACGACGUGGACAAGGAGGAGGUUAUGGUCUUGGCUGAGCGGGUCGGUGAAGCCCAGCGCUACGCAAUCACCGAGAUGAAGAAGUUCGACGAGAAGAAAGGCACCAGGGGAGUCAAGAAAUUCGGCAAGGGGAAGCGAUCUCGCGACGAAAUGGACCAGGAUGAAGGCUAA